AUAUCAUCUCAUCAACUCAGCCAGAAAGGCUUCAGUUUCUAUACACAUAUAUUUUUGUUUUGUCACCAACCAUUUUUUCCUAUAAAUCAGAGCCUUUUUAUUAAAUUAUUAAAAUUUUAGUGCUUUUUUUUCUUUCUUUGUGCUUAGUUCAAAUGGUGAAAUUAUCUCUACACUUUCUUGCAUUUUGCAUCAUAGCAAUUUUCACCAAUUUAUUUAAUUCCCCAAUUUCAAUUCAUGCACUUAACGUUGGUGUUGAAACUAAUGCUGGCCUCUCCUUGGAAAAAGAAUGCAGUAGAACAUGUGAAUCAAAGUUUUGUGCAGUUCCUCCAUUUCUAAGAUAUGGUAAAUAUUGUGGAAUUAUGUAUAGUGGAUGCCCUGGGGAACAACCAUGUGAUGCACUUGAUGCUUGUUGUAUGAAGCAUGAUUUAUGUAUACAACACAAAGACAAUAAUUAUCUAAAUUUGGAGUGCAAUGAGAACUUCUUGAGUUGUGUAGCUAAGUUCACAAAAUCAGGAUCUCCAACAUUCAAAGAAAAUACAUGUUCAAUUACUACAGUUGUUAGAGUUAUCACUGAUGUUAUUGAUGCUGCUGUGGCUGCUGGAAAAAUUUUCAAGAAACCAUAGUAUUUUUAAAAAACAUUUUUAAUUUUUUCUAAAUUUUCAUUUAUUUUUACAUUUGAAGAAAAUUGUUGUUAUCAUUGUGCUUGUAAUUUCUAUGGGGACCAAAUUAAGUGUCUUAGAUGUAUUAUAAUGCUUCAUUUAUUUUAGUAACUUGGUUUUAAUUGCUUGUUAAACAAACUCUAACACUACAAUAAAAAUGAUCAUUAGUGGCA